AUGCCGACCACCUACAAACUUGGACCAGGUCCGGAGAUUUCUUCCGAUUUGUUCAAAGAGAAUCGUCAGCGACUUGUUGACGCAUUCAGGGAAGCUCCAAAAGGCUCAUUUGCGGUCCUAGAGGGUGGUCAUGACCCACAUCGUUAUAAUACGGAUAUGCAAUCAGAGCCUUUCAGACAAGAGUCCUAUUUUUAUUGGGCUUUUGGUGUGACAGAACCCGACUUUUUCGGCAUUAUUGAUUUGCAUUCAGGCAGAAGUGUGCUAUUGCCACCAAAACUUCCAAAGGAUUAUGCGAUUUGGCAGGGAAGGUGGGUGUAAUAAUUUCUCGACUAAAAUUCUAAUUUAGUGUCAAACCAGAGUCUUAUUUCAAAGACAAAUACGAUGUGGAGGAAGUUAUAUUCAACGAGCCCCAUACUAUCAGCACAUGGCUUCAGACAAACAAUGCAACAACAAUAUAUGUUUUGGUAAGCACGAACGAUUUGACAAAACUUGUUGGAAGCAUAAAGCAAGGCUAUGCCACGCGUAUUUUACCGUUUUCAGAAAGCUUACAAUACCGACAGCCAUCAAGUUCUCGAACCAGCAAAAUUCCAAGGCAUUGAAGCCUUUGAAAUUGACGAUGAAAACCUCUUCUUUGGUAUGGCGGAGCUAAGAGUUCUCAAGACCGACAAAGAGUUAGAACUUAUAAAAUACGCCUGCAAAAUAGGUUCAGACGCCCAUAAGGAAUUGAUGAAGAACAUAAAGCCAGGAAAAUCCUAUCAGUAUCAAAUGGAGAGCCUGUUUCAGCAUGAAAGUUACUCUACUGGUGCAUGUCGGCAUGUGGCAUACACAUGUAUUGCAGCCAGGUAAGAUGAAUUGGUGCUAACUGCAGAAUAAACUCGUAAAAAACCAACCUCCUGUUUUAUAUUCAUUUCAGCGGCGCUGACGGUGCAGUCCUGCACUACGGCCAUGCUGGAGCUCCGAACGACCACCUGAUCAAAGACGGUGAUCUUUGUUUGUUUGAUAUGGGCCCAGAAUACGGUUGUUACAGUAAGUUCUUCAAAAAAACAAACGAGCUUACCUACUGACUAUUGAAAAAUUCCUCUAAUGCGUUAUUUGAAGCUUCGGACGUAACAUGCACAUUCCCAGCAAACGGAAAAUUCACGGAGAAACAGAAACUUAUCUAUACCGCAGUUCUGGAGGCUACUCGAGCGGUCUUCAAAGCUGCGAAGCCAGGUGUUCGCUGGACCGACAUGCAUCUGUUGGCCGAAAAGAUACUUCUGCAGCAUCUCGUUCGUGCUGAAAUUCUCAUAGGCGAUGUGGACGAGAUGCUGGAAAAACGGGUUUGUGCCGUUUUCUUUCCCUGCGGCCUUGGGCAUUUCAUGGGAUUGGAUAUACACGAUGUUGGCGGGUAUUUGGGUGACGCUAUACCCACGUCGAAGCUAAAUGGCCUAAAAUCUCUCCGGACAACAAGAACACUAAAAGAAAGGAUGGUGAUCACCAUUGAACCCGGGAUUUAUUUCAUCGACACGGUAGGUGUCAAAGAUAAUAUAAAAAUUAUCGUCAAUUCAUUGGAAACGUGAAAUUUGAAUUCAUACCGUGCUUCACACGCUACAACCAACUUUUUUACUGUUUCAGCUCCUCGAUGAAGCCCUUACGAACCCUGAAAUCAGCCAUUUCUUCAACAAGGAGGUCCUAAAACAAUAUCGAGGAUUUGGAGGCGUACGAAUUGAAGACGACGUUGUGAUUUGGGCUUCCGGAAACGAGUGCUUGAAUGAUGUGCCAAGAACGAUCGAUGAAAUCGAAAAAUUCAUGGCAAAAAAUUGA